AUGUCUGUCAAUCCAAGUGAGUUUCAAAUGAAAAUGUGCUUCGAUUUUAAAAUCAAUUGUUGUUCUAAAAAAUUUGAAAAUCGAGCAAUCAUUUUUCAGAACGUCGUAGUCGAGACAAACCGAGAAGCGAUGUUCCGGAUGUGCAGCAGAGCCAAAAGUCGAUGGUUUUCGAUGAGCCGACCACCAAGGACCGCAAGACUCAGAGAAAGCAGGUCGGCCAAAUAAUUCCAGAAACGCUGACUUUUUCUUAUGAAAAACUCUAAAAGGUGCCAAUUUGCAGAUCCUGUCGUUCGUGUCGCGCACUCUGGAACUGGGCCUGACGGGUCUCCGUCAGCAGUUCGCCUCGAUGCGCCGUUUCAACGAUUUCGAGAAGAUGAAGGCGUUCAAAGAGGCGCAAGAGUUCGGAAAGAACCGCUACAAAGACGUCGGAUGUCUGGACAACAACCGCGUGAAGUUGGCGAGUCCCUGGCCGCACGAGUACAUACACGCCAACUACGUGGCGACGCCCACAAAUCCCAAAAGAUUCAUUUGUACGCAGGCGCCACUCGAGAAGACGUGCGCCGACUUUUGGUUCAUGUGCCUUCAGGUGAGCAUUUUUCGAUUUUAUUCUGAAAAUUUGUACGCGUUUUUAGGAACGCGUCGAGAACAUCUUCAUGUUGUGCAAUUUGCUGGAGAAGGGCACGAAAAAGUGUCACGAGUAUUAUCCGACCAAAAAGAACAAGACGCUGGAGUUUGUGGAGGGCGAUCAGAAGAUUACGGUCAAGUACGACGGAGAGUCCAAGGUUCAGUUGAAUUUGGUGUAAAACUUGUUUUCUUUUUGAACAACUUGUAGUUUGCAGUUCUCGUUCUCUGGAUCUUCGACCGCGAAGGUGACGGCGACGGAAUGCGUGGUCGAGGGUCCGGGCGGUACGCUCAAGACCAUCCAUUAUCAUUGGAACGACUGGCCGGACCGCGGAGUGCCCAAGGCCGAUAUGGCCAUUUUGGAGCUGCUCGACAAGGCCCGCGUGUCCAAGUAAGCACAUUUUUUGAAGCCAAAUUAUCGAUUUUUCUCCAGAGGACCGAUCGCGGUGCACUGCUCGGCGGGAAUCGGUCGUACCGGAUCGGUGGUGAUGCUCGAGUACGUGAUGGAUCAGUUGGCAUCGGGACAGACGAUCGAGGACGGAGACAAGAUUCUCGUCAAGAUCCGCGAGCAACGCAACAACUCGAUUCAAACGGACGCCCAGUACAUUUUCGUGCAUUUGGUGCUGUUCAACUACUUUAGAAAGCGCAAGCUGCUCGAGGACGAGAAAGUGAAGGAGGAGCACGACAAACUCAUCAAAGAGUUUGAGAAGAUCAAAUUCUGA